AUACUCGUCGCACGGGUGCUUCCGAGUCCCAUUCGUGUGUCUUGGUACGAGAAACGCUUGCUCUCGUAGUCCUGCGACAGUUGGUUGCGAUUACGACAGCUGGUAUCCGUGCGACAUGGCUGAGCACUGGGCUGUAACCUACCAGAUAGCAGGAGAGGAGGCGCACGGACUCAAUUACGUAGAAUUCACCACUAGCACAAGAACACUGCACGCAGCACAGCUUGCACAAAAACUACCGCCACCCCCAGAAAACGCGACUUGGCAUCUCGCGCUGGUCUCGAACGACGCCGGAGACGCGAGGGCGCUCGCACCGACCGACGAACUGUUCUGGUCGCCGGAGCCCCUGCGUGUCGUCGUGGCCGCUGUCGCGCCCGCGGGCAACGGAGGCGACGACGACGACCGCGCUCUGCCCCCGCCACCGACGACGUCUUCGCCGCAAAAGAACCGGCGAGCGUCGCGGUGGCUCGCCAAGGGCAUAAGCGCGGCCAAGAGCGCGACGGCCGCGGCGGCACGAGUCGUCGACGCGGCCGCCGCGGCGACGGGCGGGACCUUAACUGUCGGUACGCGCAAGGUGCGCGUCGGAGCUCUGCUUGACGACUCGACGCGACGACGGACCUUCGUCGCACGCGACGUCAAGGCUGCAGAGGAGUUCUCCCUUACGUUAGUCGUGUGCGAUGGCAAGGACGCACUGCGCGACGUGCGACGGGAGGUGGAGCUGCUAGCGGCGGUCGGGCGCGAGUGCCGGCACUGUCCGAUCCUUGUUGGGCAGAGCAUACAGAGGGAUGGUCCAAAGAUCAGCGUCGCGCUGCUCGGCCGCCCAUUCGUCGCGCUAGCGACGGAACGCCUGCCGGGGGCCAGGAUACCUGUCGUGCUACGGGGCGUCGCGGCGGCGCUCGCACACAUGCAUAGCCGGGACGUGGCCCUCGGCGACGUCGGCCCGCGCUCGGUAGGCCUCAACCGCGACGGCGAGGCGCUGCUCGCCGACUUCUCGUGCGCGCGCUCGCCGUGCGCCCACGACACGGCCACGCGCGAGGCGUGCAUGGCACUCGCCGCGACGCUCGUCGACGCGAAGAACCGCCAGUGCCAGGCGCCCGAGGUCGCGUCGUUGAAGCCUGGGGGUCCGCCGGUAGACGCGAGGGCCGACGUGUACGCGUUCGGGAGCUGGGCGCAUCUUGUGGCGACGGGCGCGCCGCCGCGGAACGGCGUCGACAGCGCUCUCCCGGGUCGCCUCGCCGCACUACUCCGGGAGGCGCUCGCGUCGGACGUCGACGCCCGGCCCGACGCGGCGACGCUUCUCGCGAAGUGCCAGUUGCUGUAAUGUAUGUGUCUAG